AUGUCAUUCGACAACAAAUUUCCUGCUGCAUAUGAUGGAAAAAGCCUAAUCUCAGAUCUCGAUCCAAACGAAGAAAUCGAUCUCGAAAAUGUAAAAUUUCAAUAUAUUUUCGACAGUUUGCGAAAUGAACUUAAACAACAAGUGAACGUAGUGUCCCGACGGAACUGUCAAUUUGUUAUUGCUAAUCGAAUGGUUAUUAUACAGUAA